AGUAAAGCCAAGUAGUAACGAUUUUCGUCGCUGCAGAUCUAGCUAUUUCGGCACUGAAUGCACUUCAGUACCAGAGCGCAAGACAGCGACACUCUUCAGAGAUAGAAAUACUUAGAUUAUGUCAUUUUUCAUGACAGAAUAGUACUUAGUAAAGUUCUUUUCAGUCUUUCUCGCGUAAAAAGAAGAGGCCGCUCGGGAGCCCGACGCUCGUUCAACAACUGCGAUACUAGUGCGAACACGACAUCGAUCUGAGUUCAGCUACACAACAGCACGAAAAAUCAUGACGUUUCGUCGCAGCGCCACGACUUUUGCCACCCUGAGCCGCCGGCUCUCAACCUCCUCCUCUCGAGGUGGAGCGACAUCCGGUUUGGCUGCAGCAGUAGCCGGACGUGCAACUGCCGGGAGUUUGCAUUCGCUUGCAAAGAACGUGGCAGUGGGGAGGUCCUUUCAGGCGACCUCGGCGGGACUUUCUCUCUUAUCCAAAAACGACAUCACGACUACACCAGCAGCCGUCCAGCAACGGUGCUUUUCCGCCGCCGCUUCCGGGAAAACGGAAGAGACGCUGCUCGACGCGGUGAGCAAACAUCUGAAGGACCGAAUCGAGGACGUGAAAAAGGAGAUGGAGGAAACCAACGCCGUAUGAAUUGCAAUAGCAUCGCACUUUAGUAGUAGAAAUCGCAUGACAAAUUUCCGCAGCAUAAGAAAUGAAAUUUGUAAUGCGUUCUUAAUAGCUUCAGAGAAGAAUUUUUGUCAUGCGUGAUUGCGAUCACCCUACGAGUGCGAUGCUUUGGCAAUGCAUACGUUCCGAAGGAGAAGCUCGCGGCGCAGUUGGAAUCUUUGCAGAAGCCCGUCACGAUCAGCACGACGUGGGAUGCCCUCGGGUUUGACGAGUUCGACCGGGUGGAAGUGUUGCUAGAGGUGGAAGAGGCGUAUGGAUUGCAAAUAUGUGACGGUCUGGAAAGUUGCAACUUGUGCUGCAGUCUUUGGACUCGAAAAAAAUCUGUAUUGCAUGACCACCAAGAGGAGACCAGUUUGUGCUACGCGGAGAGGGCCGCGUUUGUCAUGCGGAAUGGGCAGCAGAAAGCCCGAAAAAAAUCUGUGAUGCUCGGUCAUGCACAUUACAGGCAUCAUGGGUCACGGAAGACCUGCAUGGUAAAGUCUUGCAUUUCUCCAGAACGCCACACAUGUUUGCAGUGGAUAAAGCGUUUGGGGUCACGAUUCCGGACGAGGAGGCGGACGCGAUCGGGUCGGUGAAAGAGACACUGGACUGGCUGGAAAAAAUAUCCUGAGAAAAAAGUGUUACAGUUACACAUUGUGUUGCAGGCCAAGCAAGACAGACGAGCUCUGUGAUGCCGGAUGUGCAUAGGAGCCUCCUUUCAUAGCUGUUUUCCCGUAGGAUUUCUGCAUCGCAAGUUUUCUCUCUCAUGCAGAGAAAUUUGUGUUGCUGAAUUGACAACAAAUGUGUAACUGUAACACUUUUUUCGUGCGAUAAAAAAACUUGGAAACCAAAGAAUGAGCAACUUUAUUCAUUCUACUCGUGGAGCAGCGCUCAUCUAGAAGCUACUUUGAAUAAAUAAGUCCGCGAAAAUCAUGUAGAGUUCGUUUAUUUAUUGUACCAGGCGACUGACUUUGAAGAGUUCUUCAUGAAAAAGACCACCUGUAGUUCUUACAAGGUAAAGGUUGCCCCUACCACUUACAGCGACGAUGUGCUGGUUUCCUCGGAAAACUAUAAAUCUGCACUUCGCACGAAACCAUUUUCCUUGUUGCGCCGUAGCAAAAAUUCUGGUCUUGUGGUCGUGUGAGGGCCACUUAUGUGAUGUUGUUAACCAGCAGGAAUUCAUAAUAAUCUGACUUUCAUUGUUCCACUCACAGCGACUGUCAGUCCGUUAUCGCCAGUGGGAAAUGUGGUCUUCAUCUUCUGUAUCAUGUGAAGAUGCUUCGGUUCACAUAAGAUAGAUGCCGCCUGUGCUUUUACCCCGCAUGAUCCCCGAGUGGCUGUUUCGUAAAAUCAUUUGAGUGCCGGCCGGUGCCUUCUGAAUUAUUCGAAGAAUUUGCCUAUACGAAAAGAUCAGUGUUCGCAAGACAUCCUUGUGACGAUCCUAUUCAAAGAAACAGUACUGCGCGUUGACC